AUUGGUGAAGGAAAACCUCAAGAGAGAGAGAGAGAGGGAGGACGGAGCAGUAACCCGGUUGCCUGCAACUAGGCUAAGCUGUGCCGUGUAUAGACUGCUACAAAGCUUCUUACUAACCCCUGCAUUCACGUGACGGUUUGGGCAGGCUACGGACACCAUUAUAAGCAAACUGAGGAUUCAUCGGUUGGGAAAACUCGCCGACAGGUUAAUUGGAAAGGUGUGAAAACAACAUGGAUAGCUAUCAAAGUUCUAAUUCCAGGUACCAGCUCGAAAUACUUCCGGUGGAGAACGAGUGUUACGAAUGCAGUGAUGACGACCGCCCCACCUUACCUGUCGAAGUCCUCGAAGCAGUGGACCAGGGGAACUCAACCGUGAUCCAAGACUAUCUGAGCAGAGACGGAAACGUGAAUGCCCUGCAGGAGGACGAGAGUCUCCUCUCGAGGGCGUGCGCCCUUGGGAAGGUGGAGAUCGUCAAGAUGCUCCUGCAGUGCCCUGACGUCCACCUGAACGUCAAGUUCGAAGGGGCAACGCCCUUGAGUCGAGCUGCCCGAAACGGGCACGUCGAGUGCGUGAGACGCUCAUCGACGCUACUGUGGCCUGCAGCAUCCAACUGGACGGCUCCUGGAAAGCCAUCAGCAAGUGCCUCAAGACACAACCCCAGCUGCACCCUCGGUCAGCCGCCCACAUCCUCCGGGGGGCGUCCAGCAAAGGCCACUGGGACGUCCUCCGCCUGCUCUUGGACACCGACCACCACUUCGUCAAGGAGGACCUCUACCCUCUGAU